GCGAGGCCUCAGGAAGGCAGUCAGCCCCCUUCUUCACUUCAGAGUUGGUUGGGUAUGCUGGGUUCUGAGUGCCAGUCUCUGCAAGUGGUUCUGGUCCUUUGACUUUUCCUGGAUGAUGUGGCUGUACUCAAACUGCAAGAUGUCAACUUCAGUGCAUUUACUGAUAUGGAGCCUGCUGGCUGUGAUGAUUGGCUUGAGUCAAGCAAAGCCCAAUACUAAGAGCCACACAGAGCCAAGUGGUUUAAAGGCUGACUGUGUUGGUAACUUGAUGAGGCUCUCCCUGGACAAAGCCCUGGCUGUAGGGAACCAACUAGAAGUGCAGGCUAUCAAUGGCACCCGACACAUUGUGCUAACACCCGCCUUGGCUGCUCAGUGUGGCUACAGCAUGGAGUCUGACCCAUGGGGUAACACCAGAAUCUAUACAUCACUGAUGGGCUGCUACGUGGACAACAAAAAAGAUGCAUCCUUUGAUAUUGCCCUCAAACUGCGAAUGUACAGUAGACCAGCAGAUGUGGUCUCCCAUAAUGUGAUGAAGACUUGCAGCUAUACCCGUUGGGCCACCAGAGAGAUUCUUUGUGACAGAAACUACAUGGAAGUGUCAAACUACAUGCCCGCGCCUGUUCCUGAUACAAAGGAUGAGUACAUGAAUGCUGUCCCCAAUGAAUCUGGUGCAGAACAAGGUAUCUGGAAGCUGACUUUCUACACACCCAAGGCAGUCGUGAUGAUGAAGGAUGAGGCCGAAGAAGCUGGCUACAAAGCAAUGACCACUGCUACCCGUCUGGUGAUGCGAAGCCCAUAUGAUACAGCCGAGACUUACUCUGAGGAUGUUGCUGGAGUCCCAAUGGAACUUUUCAAGGUUAGCGUCUACCAUAAGAAGCCUGAAGGUUUGACUGUAAUGAACAUGGUGGCUGCUUGCCCCACAGGUGGCGUCCUCUUCACUGAUGACAUGAUCUCAUGGCAUGUCCCCCGCCGUGUGACUCCCCUUCUGGAUGGAAGUGUAAAGAUCCUCGAGAUGCAAAUGGGCAUCAAUGGGCAGCGUCUGGAUCGACGUCAAAUGGCCGCACGUGGUUACACUCUGUCCGCUACAGACUUCCACCUCAUUAUUGAGAUCCCCGUGGGUUCUCCUGAUGGCUACAACAAGAGCCAUGCCCCAGAUUACCAGUACCACAUCACCUACACAGUGGAGCCCAUGCUUGAAGUCCUGUGGCGGUGUGAGAGAAGUCAUGAAGAUACCAGAUAUAAAAUUCUGUUCCCCAUCACCACACCUCUUAUGCCAAGGCCACCUCAAGCUGUUGACUUUACCAAUGCUGAGGAGAGGUUGUUCAGCAUCCAUGUGGGCACCUUCGUUGAGGAUGUAGAACUGAAAAAUAUCACCUUCUCUACUGGCACAUACACUUCAGAAGAGUGUGGAAUCAAAGGCUUUGUUGUACAAGAGCACAGGCAUCCUGGUGGCACAAAGAGCUUCUCUCUGAAAGUUCCCUUUGCCGCCACUGAAGUCCUCAAACAUAAUCCUGAGCCCUUGGUUACAACCUACACCCUUGCUCUGGUCUUUGGUUUCUUGAUCUAUCCUGAAGCAAGUCCUUUUGCUCACCCAGUAGAACUUGUGGCAUCUCUGCAGGAUGUUGUUCUUCCCACCCUCCAAGGAACCUGUGAUCACCAUCAGUUCUACGUUGAAGUAACACUUGGAAAUCAAGGCAAAAACUUCCAGACUCUGGUUGGAUACCAGCCACUAACACCUGAGGUGGCUCAAGCCUUCCGACUGCACGAGAAUGAGACCCAUCUCACGCUUGUUGUUCCCUUUACUGCCAAAGAGACCACAUUUGAGCUUAUAACAUCAGACUCGGUCAGAGCUAGACUGGACAUGCUGCUUUGGGAGCCAAAUAACAACUGGAUGCUUGCUGAUCUCUAUCUGACCUGCAAUUUCCCCUUGCAGACCACUGUGUGCUACCCCAAUGGAACCAUGACUGCUCUGGCUGUCAAGGUAGAAUCAGUUCCCAACCUCAUCCCCAGCUGGCUCACUUUGAAGGACAAGUCCUGCAAACCAACCUACAGUGACGACCGCUUCGCUUAUUUUGCCUUCGCUGUUGCCACCUGUGGAACCACAAGAACUUUCUUUGAAAACUACAUGCUCUACCAAAAUGAGAUUGGCCUCUACUACAAAGGAAAUUCCUACACUUCACCCAACGAUCCAGAGUAUAGGCAAACUGUGUCCUGCUACUACAUGGUCAAUGACACUCAAACAGUUACAUUUGGCUACAAAUCCCGCAGUACUUACCCCUCAGCAGAGAUUGGACAGGGACAACUUGAUGUGCAAAUAAGGCUAGCUCAUGAUUCUUCCUAUUACCACUUCUACCAACCUGAAGAUUACCCAGUAAUGAAAUACCUCAGAGAGCCCCUCUACUUUGAGGUGGAGCUGACCCAUUCUAACGAUCCUUCCCUGGAACUCAUUUUGGAAAGCUGCUGGGCCACAGCUAAUGAAGAUGGAAAUUCUCUGCCCAGUUGGGAUGUCAUUGUGAACACGUGUGAGAACAAAGACGACAGCUAUGUUACACUCUUCCACCCUGUUACGGCUGACUCCAGAGUCCAAAUCCCAUCCCACUUCAAGCGCUUUUCUCUCAAGAUGUUCACCUUUACCAAAGAUGACAAGGUUCUUAAAGAUGAGAUCUACAUCCACUGUAAUGCCAUGAUCUGUGACACAAAUGGUGACUCGCAAGGCAUCUGCCGAGGACAGUGCCCACGUCGCAGUUCUGGCAUUUCUGGAUUUCAUGGAAUCAAAGGAGUAAAGAGAACAAAGAGAAGCCCAGACUCGACCCAGCAAAGGAAGAUCUCAUCUGGACCAAUUUCCCUCUUUAACUCUGAAUAAAGAUUCUUAAAAUAAA